GCAGCAGCAGCAGCAGCGCCAUCACAGGGAGCUCCGUGCAGGUUGAAGGCCGACUCUCCUCUCCUCUCCUCUCCAGGCUCCCCUCAGAUGCUCCGGCUCGCUGACAGCAUGUCCGGCUUCUUCCCCGCCCUGCUCUCGGUUCUUCUCACCGGGCUCGCGGCCGCUGCGUCUUCUGAUCUGUUUGACAAUCAGCUGGGUGACAUCAAUUAUUGCAAAAAGCAAUGCCAGCUCACCAUCAAAAACAAAAGCCCCGCUAAAGACUCCAUAAUGAACGCCUGUCACCGCGGCUGCCGCCUCUACUCCAUCUGCCAGUUCGUCAAUGGGGACGCCGGGUUUAAUACCAGCAAGGAGGAGUGUCAGGGAGCUUGCCAGGAGGCAUACAUCAAGCUGCUGGAGCAAGAGGCCUGCAGCACCGGCUGUGCCAGCCAACCCUCUGAACCUGAGAUCAUGAGGAGGAAGUUGAGGGCCAUGACUUUGCGCCCCAAGCCCCCCUCUGUGAUGGAGGCUGUGUCCAGCUGGUGCAAUGAUAUUGUCAGCUCGGCCCAGAGCUUUAUUUCCUCCACCUGGACCUUCUACCUGCAAGCUGACGAUGGGAAGGUUGUGGUUUUCCAGAGUCAACCAGAGAUGGAGUACUCCAUGCCUGAGCUGCAGGCCCCUCGAUCCAGUGUGGCUGACAAACCCUGGCCCCAGGUCCACUCCCACACCCAGAGACCCCACGGUGUUAAGGGACGAGGACAAAAAGGAGCAGGCAAAGUGGUGGUCAAAGGGAAGCACCCCAUCCAGGACAUAGAGGACGCUGCAGCUGACCAUGACUUCCUGGGCUGCAUGUCAAGACGUUCAGGCCUUCCAAGGUGGAUUUUAGCUGCUUGUCUCUUUCUGUCCAUCAUGGUCAUGCUGUGGCUCAGCUGUGCCAGUCUUGUCACCGCACCGGAGCAACACAUCAAGACGCAGCUGAGUAUAAACGGAGAUAAGGAGUUUAUGGAACAUGUGCACAAGGUCAACCCGUUCCACCUGAGUCCCAUGAUAGCUGUCAGCAUGAAGCAGUCGGGGGAGAUGCAGGAGGCGGGACCACUUCCAGUCAAAGUUGACCUCAGCAAAACCUGUGUGUAGAGAGAAAGCAACUGUUUCUUGUUACUUUUGGUAACCAAAUGUAAAACAUGUGGCUUGUCAUCAAUGCACCACUCAGAAAAGUUUUUAAAAAAUAUUUAAUAAAAAACCAAGGCUCCAUGUCCUGUUAUUCAGAACGAUCAGUAACAUCGUUGUCAGUCGGAUACAUUUUUCAGUUUUUCAUUGUACAGUCCAGGUUUCUGCAAGUACAGCCUCAGAUUAUCAUUAUUAAUAUGGCUCGCUCAUUGCUUAUAAGAAAGACGCAGCCUUGUCUCGCAUUGGCACACAAGACGAGCAGGGAGGAUAGAUUACAGCUGUAAACUCUGCUGUCACUUUUAAUGGUGAGUUUGGACAAAUGCAGAGAUUCAUGUUAGAUUUAAUUUAUCUCGUUCUCACAGUGGUGGGAUUAAUUAAAAACGGCCUCGCUCAGACGAUGAAAGAUGAAAAGAGGUGGGAGAGAGGGUAGAGGAAAAUGAAUGAAAGGUGAGCAAAAUACUUGACAGCGCUGCAGGAAACAAACACAGUAGCAAAUACUCAGUUUAUGAUCUGUUUACAUAAUUAACUUUAUGAGCUCUUCAGAAAUAUCAACUUGGCAAACAGCUCGGAAAUUGAAAAUCCUCUUCUUGACAGCGUUCUCAGGUGAGUAAUCCUCACUGGGGAGACAAAAACUAAAUUAGCGUCUUCCUGUAAUCUAAUUCCUGUGUGUGUUUAUACAAAUCUGCAAAAGCACUCAAUCAUCUGAGGAGAACAAAUUCAAAUAGCUGCAUCUGGACGUGCUGACUGAAAAUGAGGAAAGCCGAACACGUUAUUUAUUUUAUUUUCUAUUUAUUUCGAAUCAUCAACAACAGUAAUCAGUUAAAAUGUUACUGAAGUGCCAUGAAGAUUUAUUACAUCACACAACAGAAAGUUUUCUUUGUGUCAAAUCAUUACAACACAGACUACAGAAAAACACUGGAGAAAGGUUGCAUCGGUUAUUGUAAUAAUAUGACUAUGAUUAUCAUCGAUAUUAUGGCUCUUAUAUCACUUCAAGACUUUGUAGCUGUUACCUGUGCCAUGUGCUUUCUUAUAGCUGACUAUUUUGUAUGUCCUAGGAGCACAUAUUGAAGAGAACCCCUGUAACAAUGUGUAAUGCAAAGCUUUGAACAUAAACCCUUGUUAUUGAACAGAGUUGCAGUCUUAGAUAAUAUAAUUUGUUUUUCUGUGUUUUUGGUGUGCUGCAAUACUAUCAUUUAACCCCUGCAGUGUAGACAAUUAACCAUGCAUGUGAGAUUGUUUAUUAUUAUUUUUUUUUAAUGAUAGUUUAUUCUAAGCGCUUGCAAUGGCAGUAAUGACAAUUCUCUACUGUGGACUUUUUUCCUUUUUGUGUUCAUAUUUACAUUUAACCUAGAACAUAAACAAAUGAUUUAUAGCAAGGACUAUUGAUUAAAAAAGCCAUCUGAUCAAAUUAUGUGCAGCUUCAAGUUGCAGACUACUGGAUAUGUUUCAAAAUAUUUGUUCAUUUUUACUGUUUAUUUGAAAUGAAAUGAUGAAAUAAAGUUUUUUUUGCUGUAAAUAAAC